AUGACAGGAACGUUGAUUGCAAACGAAUCUCCGCCGUCGCAUAAGUCCUCUGGAAAGGUAAACAUGAAUAUCAACAAAGUUCUCAUUCUUGAGACUCUAUACGAGCUGUUGCUCAAUGCUCAAACCAACCGCGUAUCUUUAGUGCGGCUCCAAACCGACGUAAAUGACCAUCCUAUGACAAAACAAUUCACAAAACAAUGGCAAACGCUCAAGAUCAAUGAUAUUUUGGACGUUAUCAAAGUUUUAUUCCCCAAACAGACCUCCUUGUCAGAUGGUCAGAUAGUGUUUUACAACCUUCAGAUUGUAGAAAUCCGAGAUACUCUACUGGAAGUCGUGAGAGAAUGCCAAGAGACUCUGAUAAAAGAUGUGAAAAUGCUCGAACAGCAGUAUCAUAACAUUAAGAAUCACGACGAUAUGAAAUUACGCCGCGAACGCAUCAUGGGCAUGUAUCGAGACACAAUACUUGCUAAAUUACAAAGCUUCCAGUACUUUCACAAGCUUUAUGGGAAACUGGAGCCUAGCCCUGUGGUGCACAACCUCAUGGAUUUGGAAAAGAUAAAGAGCACUUCAAUAGAAAAUCUCUCCCAUUUGCAAUUAACCCUGCAAAAAUGUGUCACAGACAGCGUCAUGAUUGCAAAAGUUGGCAGCAAAAGGCAUCAAGAAGUGAUGUUAUCACAAGGCGAACUUGACGAUACCGUUAAGUUUGUUCGUUACGCCAUGGAUAAUUGA